AUGGAAGAUUCACAUGGAAGUGGUCGACGAACUUGGCAAGACUAUGCCAGACAACGAAGACAAAAUAUGAGUGAAGAACAGAGGCAGCAACACCUUGCCAGAAAGCAUGCCAGUUACCGAGAGAGUAUUAGACGAGAAAAACAAAUCGAUACAUCAAGUGGACCAACUAACAUGGCAACACCAUUACAAGAUAUCACAAAUAUACCUCAUCAACAAUACUCUAUAUCAGAUACUCACAAUAACACCGGAGUUGGUUCAAAAAUUAGACAAAAUGUUCGAGCAUCCCAUAAUUGUGCUCGAAAUUUUCAAGAGGAUGGAACAAUAAUUCGAACUCCACUACCAGUCCCAAGGACAUGUCAUUACUGUAGCGCACGUCUAUUUCACCAUGAGACGUUCGAGAUGUGCUGUAAUGGGGGAAAAGUCUCUCUUCCCCGAGUAAAUGCUCCUCAGGAAUUGCUUGAAAUCUUCUUGGACCCCUCUGCAGAAGGAAACCAUUUUAGAAAACAUAUUCGUGGAUACAAUCAUGUAUUUUCCUUCACUUCGUGUGGUGUGCACAUAGACGAACAACUGGCUAUAACAGGUCGUGGUAUAUAUACAUUUCGUCUUGCACAACGGUCAGAUGUACAUGAGUGUAGUUUGGUCAUUAGAGAGCGACCUGCUAAUCAGCCACAAUAUAGUCUUCCAACUGCGUCGCAGGUAGCAGCCAUAAUUGUUGGUGAUGACGUUGAAACAAUGAUUCGUGGGCGAGAUAUUAAGGUGCAAACUCAUGCUGCUAGCCUACGAAGGAUUCAGGAAUUCGUUGGCUAUUACGAUCCACUACAGUAUCCUCUUCUUUUUCCAUUUGGAACUCAUGGAUGGAAUAUCAAUACCCGAAGUCAAAGUGGCGGCAAAGUAUCGUGCCGAACAUAUAAUAGUUAUAUGCUCCAGAUCCGCCCCGAUGAUCAUUCCACCGUAUUGCAAGCAAGAUGA